AACCAAAUAACAAACUGUCAACACAGAUGGCCAGUAAGCACAAGUGUUUUAUGGUCGAAGCUGGUGAUUUUGUUGUGCAAUCCGCAUCGAACUACUCUCAAGUGGCGGUGGUGGCUCAAGCAGCAAUUUGUGUCUGAUUUGCCAAGCUCUGUAAACAAGCCAGAUUACAAGAAAAACACAGCACAUCGGUAUCUGUGAUGACUGAAUACGCCUUUUAGUUUUGUUGUUUUCAUGUGCCCACAUUUAAGAAACGGCCCCGCAAGCUUUGAUUCUUUUCCAGCUUUAAGGAAUGGGCAACAAUCAUGUUGCCACCUUGUGGGAUGUACUCCAUAAAAGUGUUAUCUGUCUCAGGGAGCAUGAAAGAAACAAGAUGGAAAUGAGCUUAAAGAAACACAAAGAUAGAAAAUGCAAGCAUCUGUUGUUGAUGUAUAGUUAAAUUAAGAUAAGAUAUUUUCCAUCUGUAAAAGUGAGGCCAAACAUCACAUCACAGCCAGAGCAAAACUCAUCUCAUUUUCCUCCAUUAGCUCUGAGCCUCCUGCUAAUUUGAUGCAAACCUGAAACAUUUUCACUGAACUUGUGCUCACUUGUUUGUAAUGUCAGUAGACGUGGCUUACACACGGUUGUUCCUUUUUCCUGAAUGCCGACCCCCUCAUAUCUCUAUGUUUAUGUUGCUUCUACAGUAACAUAAUCCUGUUUUUAUAUCACUGUGUGUUCCAUCAGCCAGUUGGCAGCCUGAGCAGCCAACAAAAUGGGUGUUAUCAAGUAUCAGCGCUGUUUUUACUGCUACAAUCAUGUGCCAGACAGAGAUAGAGAUGAUGGAGUGAAUAGGAAUGCAAAGCUAUAGUGCAGAAAAAGAGAGGUCUGGUGUGGGCGGAGGGAAUGGAGGAAGAGUGUGAUAUAAGAGGAAAAAGGGGAAGAAAGAAAAAUGUAGAGGGGAAGAUAAAGAUUAAGUGAUGGAGUCAGACAGAUACCGAGAAAGCUCCAUAACAUGUCACAUGUGAGUCUGCAGCAGUGUUGCCAAAGAGAGGCUCUAUUUUUAGGUGAGGAAUGUUCACACAGGCCUCGUGGAAAGAGACCAUAACAACAAACAGUACGCAACACGCUCCUACAAAGAGAGAGGAACAUACAGUCACACAGCAUCAACACGGGAGGAAAGCGGAAGAAAGGACAGGAAAAUGUCAAGACAUCACAUUUUCUGCUGAGAACUUACUUUGAAUACAGCGGGACCCCCAGAAAAGAGAUAAAGUGAGAGAAGAGGAGCAGCAUGGAUCGACCAGCGGUUGAGGUCUUCCACUUCAAAGACAAAGAGCAGUCGUCCAACCUGCUGCUGCAGCUCAACAGACUGAGGCAGGAGAACGUUCUGACCGACGUGCUGCUGUGUUCUGAUAACACAGAGAUUCCCUGCCACCGGAACGUCCUGGUCUCCAGCAGCCCCUACUUCAGAGCCAUGUUCUGCAACAACUUCAUUGAGAGGCAGCAGGCCAGGAUUGACUUAAAGGGCGUCACGUCGGCCAUCCUGAGCAGCAUCAUUGACUAUGUUUACACUGGACUCAUUAGCAUCAGCCUGGAUAUCGUGCUCCCUCUAAUGCAGGCGGCAUCCAUGUUCCAAUAUGGCCGCCUUUUUGAGGCCUGCUCGAGCUUCCUUCAGAAGCAGCUGAGCCCAGACAACUGCUUGAGUAUGAUAAGACUGUCAGAUAUCAUGCAUUGCAACAGUUUGAGGGACAAAGCCAAAGAGAUGGCGAUGAAGAGCUUCUCCGAUGUGUCAGCUUCUGAGGAUCUGUGUGAGCUCUCCUUACUGGAGCUCAUGGGAUACCUGGAGGACGAUGGUCUUUGUGCAGAGGAGGAGCAGGUCUUUGAGACACUUGUUGCUUGGAUCCAUCACGAUCCUUUAUCUAGACGUGGCUCCAUCAGUGACCUUUUCAAGAAAGUUCGCCUCCGAUAUCUCCACCCCACUUACCUCUUCCAGUUCAUAGCCAACGACCCUCUGAUCCAGUCGUCCACCCUCUGUACUGAACUCAUCGAAUCUGUGAGACGCCUCAUGUUUUCUGUAGGCACAAAAUGCAUAGAAGGCACUGCGGUGGACUUUAAACCUCUCUGGGUUGCACCGAGGCGCUACACCUACCACGAUACACUGGUAGUGGUGGGAGGGAGGAAGAACAACGAGCAGACUUCGAGGGAGGCCCUAGUGUUUGAUGAGAAGAGCCAGAGGUGGCAGAAUCUUUCCAAGCUGCCUGUUCGUCUUUACAAGGCCUCAUAUGUCGCCCUUCACAGUGUCCUGUAUGUCAUCGGAGGCCUGACCACAAGUGCGAAGCGUUGUGAAGUCAGCGCGACUGUCUACACCCUCUCAUUGAAGACCAACCAGUGGCGGACAGCAGAACCCAUGCUGGAGCCUCGCUUUGCCCACCAGGGCGUCUCCUACCUCCACUUCAUCUUUGUCCUUGGCGGCCUCGGACCCGACAGACGGCUGACAGACAGCGUGGAGAGGUACAACAGCAUGUUCAACCAGUGGGAGUCGAUGGCGCCGAUGCCUGAGGCCGUACUGCACCCUGCAGUGGCCGCGACUAACCAGAGAAUCUAUAUGUUUGGAGGAGAGGAUGCCAUGCAGAACCCAGUCAGAAUAAUACAGGUGUAUCACAUUGCCAGGAACAUGUGGUCCAAAAUGGAGAACAGAACUGUGAAGAAUGUGUCUGCUCCUGCUGUUGUUAUGGAUGAAAAAAUCUAUAUCAUUGGAGGAUACACCAGGAGAAUGAUCGCAUACGACACCAAGGCCAACCGGUUCAUUAAAUGUGCCAACCUGAAGGAGAGGAGGAUGCACCAUUCUGCCACCGUCCUCAACAACAAACUCUACGUUACUGGCGGACGCUACAUCAAUGGGCAUCAUGUUAUCGAGGACUUGGACACGUUCGAGUGCUACGAUGUAAAGACGGACACUUGGACGUCUAAAGGGACUCUGCCGUAUAAACUGUUUGACCACGGCUCCCUGACUCUGACAUGUGCCUCACAGACAUGGGCAAAAUCAUAGCUGAGACAGAAGGAAUAGGAUUUAAAGCUGUGAUUUUUUUUAAAGCACUUGUUUAUAUAGAUAUGUGAUCUAUAGUUUAAUGAUUUAAAUCUGAUGCCAAUGUUUUCCAGAAAUAAAACGCUGUCAUUCAAAAAACUUGAAGGACUGAUUGAAUACCUCAAGUAAUUCAAAUACUCAUAUGUGUACAUAUAAGAACUUGAUACCUAAAAAUGGAUUUUUGCAUAUUCCAUGACUUUUCCAUGUUCUUGUUUAACUCCUAUGCCUAAAAAACUGAGCUCUCCAGCUGCACAGCCUGUUCUUAAUCUGUUUGACUUCACAAAGGGCGAAAGGGCUAUUUUCAGCCGCCUCUAAAUCACCAGAUUUCACUUGUCAUGUUUAAAUCCUGGAGGCUGUUUGGUGCAAGUCGAAGCUAUGUUCAGCUCUAAGGUCUGAAAUUGCUGAUGUGUCUGGCGAAAAUUGGGAUCAUGGUCUGUUGCCUCAGUGGAAAACGAUGAUGAAAUUAUUGUUAUGUCAUUGUUAGCAAAAGUUUCAUUCAGGAUGGAAAUCAAAAUAAAAGCAUAGGAGUUUAAAAAAAAAGUUAGGUCUAGGCAAUGUUGGCAAUGUUGUCACUUUUUGCAGUUUUUACACAUGAUAAAAUGAACAGCAUAUUUCUGCAUCAUAUAGCUACUAAAUGAAAGUGCAGUGUACUGUAGCAUAUAGAAAAUUUAAAUUUUACAGCUUUUCAAUUGUAUACUGAUGUUUUUGUACUAUUUUCAGAUUUGAACAACUGUUUGUUUUUUUUAACCUUGAAAAUAAAAUGUCACUCCGAA